GGCCCCAGGCCCCUCCCAGGUUCUGAGUCUCCCCGGCUGCAGGCGGAUGGAUGGGGCUUCUUCAGGCGGUGGCGGCAGCAGUGAAGGUGGCGGCGGCAGCAGCGGCAGCGGCUAUGGUGUGGUGGCUCGAUUCUCCCAGUGCCUGGCUGAGUUUCGGACGUGGUUAAGAACCAACUGGUUGAGGUUCAAUGCAGACAAGACGGAUGUGAUGCUGAAAAUGUGCAUCAGAUGUUUAUGUUUAAUUGGUUUACAGACUGUCUGUGGACUCUUUUCCUGUCAAAUUACCAGCCAUCUGUUGAGUCUUCAAGUCCAGAAAUGGAUGAAAUAUUUGACUGCCCAUGAAAGUACAGGAGGUUCAGCAACAUCAGAUGACCAUGAAUUUGAUCCAUCAGCUGACAUGCUGGUUCAUGAUUUUGAUGAUGAACGAACAUUAGAAGAGGAAGAAAUGAUGGAAGGAGAAACAAACUUCAGUUCUGAAAUAGAGGAUCUUGCAAGGGAAGGAGACAUGCCAAUUCAUGAACUUCUCAGUCUUUAUGGUUAUGAUAGUACUAUUCGACUACCUGAAGAAGAUGAGGAGGAGGAGGAAGAGGAAGAAGAAGGUGAAGAUGAUGAAGAUGCUGAUAACGAUGAUAACAGUGGCUGUAGUGGGGAAAAUAAAGAAGAGAAUAUAAAGGACUCAUCAGGUCAAGAGGAUGAAACUCAGUCUUCCAAUGAUGACCCGACACAAUCUGUUGCUUCUCAAGAUGCCCAGGAAAUAAUCCGGCCUCGUCGAUGUAAAUAUUUUGAUACAAAUAGUGAAAUAGAAGAAGAAUCUGAAGAAGAUGAGGAUUAUAUUCCAUCAGAAGACUGGAAAAAGGAGAUUAUGGUGGGCUCCAUGUUUCAAGCAGAGAUUCCAGUUGGCAUUUGUAGAUACAAAGAAAAUGAAAAAGUAUAUGAAAAAGAUGAUCAGCUUCUGUGGGACCCUGAGUACUUACCGGAAGAUAAAGUGAUUAUAUUUCUUAAGGAUGCAUCUAGACGAACAGGUGAUGAGAAAGGUGUAGAAGCAAUUCCUGAAGGAUCUCACAUAAAAGACAAUGAACAGGCGUUAUACGAAUUAGUUAAAUGCAAUUUUGACACAGAAGAAGCACUGAGAAGAUUAAGAUUUAAUGUAAAAGCAGCUAGAGAGGAAUUAUCUGUUUGGACAGAAGAAGAGUGUAGAAAUUUUGAACAAGGGCUGAAGGCCUAUGGAAAGGAUUUUCAUUUGAUUCAGGCUAAUAAAGUUCGAACAAGGUCAGUUGGUGAAUGUGUAGCAUUUUAUUAUAUGUGGAAAAAAUCUGAACGUUACGAUUUCUUUGCUCAGCAAACGCGAUUUGGAAAAAAGAAAUAUAACCUUCAUCCUGGUGUAACGGAUUACAUGGAUCGUCUUCUAGAUGAAAGUGAAAGUGCUGCUUCUAGUCGGGCACCAUCCCCUCCCCCAACUGCCUCAAACAGUAGUAACAGCCAGUCUGAGAAAGAAGAUGGCACUAUAAGCAACAGUAAUCAGAAUGGGGUGUCAUCUAAUGGACCAGGUGAAAUGUUGAACAAAGAAGAAAUAAAAGCUGAAGGGUUACACGUGAAUGGACCAACAGGUGGAAAUAAGAAACCACUUCAUGCAGAUGUGGAUACUAAUGGUUAUGAAACAGAUAACCUUACCACUGACCCAAAACUUGUCCAUAUGACUGCAAGAAAUGAAAAUGAUUUUGAUGAAAAAAAUGAGAGACCUGCCAAAAGGCGAAGGGUAAACAGCAAUGGAAAAGAAAGUCCAGGUUCUUCUGAAUUCUUCCAGGAAGCAAUGUCACAUGGAAAAUUUGAAGAACUUGAGAACACCGAUGACUAAAUUUUAGACUUAUUUUACUUUCUUUGGAGUAAAAUCUGGUUUGACUAAAAUUUUCAGGGUUGAUGGGUUACCUUAAAAAGUUGAUUUUCUUGAAACAGUUGGUUAAAAUUUGAAAAUUUGAGAUGAGUUCUGAUUUUAGUAAGUAAGAUUUCAUAAUUCUGCCCUUUGUAGACUUUUUACUUCAAAAGUGUAAAGAUCCUGUUAAGGCUAUAACAUAUAGUUUAGUAAAUUUGAAUGAACUAUGGAAAUAUCUGUACCUUCUCAUUUGAUGUAUUAAUCUUAAAAGCUCACUACAGGUACUUUUUGCUUAGUUUGAUGGCAGAGAAGAAAAAAACCCAGGUUCUAAUUUCUGUUUAACACCAGUUUUUCUGAGUUUCUUGAAAUGUCUUCUUUUCUAAGAGACAUUUUCUCUCCAUACAAAUUGAGUGUCAUUAUUAAGGAAACCCUUAUGAAUCCUGAAAGUUAUGCUGGCAUGAUUUUUUAUAUAUAGAAGUUUUAAAAUAAACCAAGUCAGGUUUGUAUAUGUAAAAUUGUUGACAUCAAUGAUGUCUUUCCAUAUUCUUAUCUGGGCUUAAGAAAUACAUUCUGUAUUUUUCCAGAUUCUUUGUAGCCUUUGAAAGAUUUUUACAGUACAUAUGUCUUGACUGAGCUGUCCUUUCUUAAUACAAAAGCUUGUAUAAUUUUCUUAACUUGUACAGUUGGUAAACUUUUAUGAGAGGAAUUGAUAUUCUGAGUCUGUCAGCUUUCAUUUUAUUUUGCUAAGGUUUUUCUAAUGAAUUUUUAAGUGUUUGUGUAGUAACUAAGUCAUGUUUCUUAUACAGGUGGUAAAAGCAUUCAUAAAGGAUUGUGAAAAUUUGUUUUUUCAGAUUUCUACUUAAGGACAAAUAGUUUGAGAAUUCUGAAAUUAAGCAUGAUACCUAGAUUGCAUCGUUUGUUUUGCAUUUGCUAUAAUUUUCAAAAUUAUUUUUGAAGCAAGAUGAAAGUUUAAUGUUAGUUUAAGUGCUUAAAUGUAUCAUGCUGACCAGAAUCCUGUUCGGUUAUUUUUAUAUGCAUUAUAAAAUUUCCCAUUUUUGCAUUAACUAAACAGGGGAAAAGGUCAAGCAAUAUUUAGAUAUUGGCACACACAAGGAGUUGGCAGAUAACAAUACUGAUUUUAUGUGGAAAAAGUGAUGAAGUUGAGUGUACAUCCAUUGCUCUGUGUGAUUACAAACAGGAUCAUCAUUUUGCAUAGCUUUUCAAGAGUGCCAUUUUAUUUUUAGUGCAAAAUUCUUGUUAAAAAUGUAGUUUUAUACAGCUGAUAGACCAACCUAUAUCCAAACUUUUAUAAAAGAUUAUUAACUAUUCUUGUUUUUUUUCACAGGCAUAUCCCAAAUGCUUCUACCAAUUCAGUUUCAGCCAUCAGUUCAAGAGCCAAUGCCUUUUUAAAAUAAAUCUGUGGUCUUGUUUUUAAUGGCUCAACUGUUGAAUACAAUUGAGUAAAGGUUUGCACUGAGAAAUUAUGGUUUAGGCCUUACCCCCAUGAAGUAUUACUAUUAACGUAUGUUCAGAACUGCUUCCUUCCACCAAUGUGAACAACUCUUUUCCCUAAACAGUGUUAAAAAGCCACUUGACAACACUUGACUUCAUAUAAUGUACAUUCACUGUUUUUACGUACAUAUCCAAGUAAAUCAGAGUUUUGGGUGGAACUGUUAAGAAGCCUGAAUUUUUUUUGUUUUGUUUUACCCUACAACAUUUAAUUUAUCCAGAGUGGCAGCUUUAGCAGAUGGUCACAAUCCACUUUCUAAAUCAGUUUUUAUUACACAAAUCCAAAGUAUCCUAGCUCCAGCUCUUUGUCAAAGAUGGUCUAUAGAAGUGUUUCAAAUGAAAUAGUGACGCUAUACUUUUUAAGUUGUUGCAAUAUUAGAGAUGCUAUUUUCACCUUUUUCAAAAGAUGCAUUUUGUUUGCAGGUUUGUGAAGUUCUUGGAAACUAAUAUUACAAGAACAUUUUAGUAAAUUCUCAGGCAUGUUUGCAAAUAUGGCACAUGUAUACAUGUUAGGAAAUUUUACUUUUCUUAAUCUUAUCUUUUUAAAGUAUACCUAAUAAAAGACAUUCCACUAUUA